UGUCCAGAAUGGACUCCUUCUUUGUGGUAUGACACCUUCAAUGAACUGCUGGAUGAUGACAGUGAGCUGGACUAUGGAGACCGGUGGACUCUUAAGGUUAACUACAACAAGACAGAUGAAAUCACUUAUGAGGAGAGGAGGAAAGGCUGGAAGAUCUCCACUCACCAAGCAAACGGAAAAUUUCAGUGUGUAUCCUGCAAAAAGACCUGGGAUUCAGCGCAGGUGAGGUUGGUGUUCCGGUACCGGCUGCUGGGGGGCCAAGGGACAGUGAUUAUGCGUCCUUUUGGUCAGGCCUGUGUUCGCUGUAGAGGUGACAAGUUCAAUCUCCCCGGUUUUGACAAGAAAGAGGUGGAACAAGCCCUCCUCAGGCAGUUUUACAAAAUUCGGAAAAACUGCUACCACGAAGAGGAUGAGGAGAAGGCUGAAGACAAUGGAAGACCAUCAUCAGAGUCUGAAGCAAAGACCAAACCCCACAAGAACCACCUGUGCCAGGCAUGCCAUGUGGGCCAUUGCUGUCUGGAUGACAAGGAUGAUAACUAG